AUGGAUGAUGCACAAGAUCACCUUUCACGCCCUCGCCCUCUGUCUUUUGAGCGGGCGGGCAGUCACUAUUCACUUCAGCGGCUACCAUCUCCCAUUUCCAACCCCUACGUUGUCCACGAGCAUGAGGAAGUUUCGCAAUCCCUGCUACCUGGGCAGCCAGAGGACCGUCGCCCUUCUGCCGGCUCACCCUCGUACUCGGACAUCGCACAGCUGAAUCCAUACGAUGGCUCGGAACUGCAAGCUGGCUCCGAAGAGGCCAGUACGACUUCCUGGCAGAGACGUCAAACUGUCACUGGAGCCUCAGGCCUCCGCCGCUACCCAACUCGCCGGAUUAACCUUGUCCGGGGCAAUGUUCUCAGCAUUGACUAUCCAGUUCCCAGCGCGAUCCGCAACUCGGUCGAAGCAAAAUACCGCGAUUUAGAUGGCACGGCUGCCGAAGAGUUCACGCAUCUCCGAUACACGGCUGCCACCUGCGACUCUGAUGACUUUACUCUACGCAACGGCUAUAAUUUACGGGCCGCCAUGUAUAAUCGAUAUACUGAACUCAUGAUCGCAAUCACUUAUUAUAAUGAAGACAAGGUCCUGACCGCUCGAACACUGCAUGGGGUCAUGCAGAAUAUUCAAGAUAUUGUGAACUUGAAGAAGACCCAGUUUUGGGACAAAGGAGGGCCUGCAUGGCAGAAGAUUGUGGUAUGCUUGAUAUUUGAUGGCAUUGGCCCUUGUGAUAAGGAUGUUCUUGAUGUUCUGGCUACAAUCGGGAUAUACCAGGAUGGUAUUAUGAAGCAUGACGUUGAUGGCAAAGAGACCGUGGCACAUAUAUUCGAGUAUACCACCCAGUUAUCGGUCACUCCCUCCCAGCAGCUCGUCCGUCCACAAAGCGACGAUCCGGAGAACCUGCCGCCGGUACAGAUGAUCUUUUGUCUGAAGCAGAAAAACAGCAAGAAGAUUAACUCUCACCGCUGGCUAUUCAAUGCAUUUGGACGGAUCCUGAACCCCGAGAUAUGUAUACUGAUUGACGCGGGCACGAAACCGGGCCAUAAAUCCCUUCUUGCGCUAUGGGAAGCGUUCUACAACAACAAAAAUCUGGGAGGGGCGUGUGGCGAGAUCCAUGCCCUGCUCGGCCCUCGCUGGGAAAAGCUAGCUAAUCCUUUAGUAGCGGCACAGAACUUUGAGUAUAAGAUAUCGAACAUUCUGGACAAGCCCCUAGAGAGCGUCUUUGGGUAUGUCAGCGUCUUGCCAGGGGCGUUUUCCGCCUAUCGCUACCGUGCAAUUAUGGGUCGACCUCUGGAGCAGUAUUUCCAUGGAGAUCAUACUUUGUCAAAGAGAUUAGGCAAAAAAGGAAUUGACGGGAUGAAUAUCUUCAAAAAAAAUAUGUUUCUGGCUGAGGACCGCAUCUUGUGUUUUGAGCUGGUUGCGAAGACUGGUGCUCAAUGGACACUGAGCUAUGUGAAAGCCUCCAAAGGGGAGACUGACGUGCCAGAAGGUGAGUCAUCCACCCUUCCUUUGAAAGGAUCAUAA